AUGGCGCUGCUCGCCGUCGCCCUCGUCGCCCUCUUCUCGGUCUCGGCGGCCUUCCAGCAGCACGACGCGGCCACUUCGCGCUACGUGCGCAACAGCUACUUUGUCGAGGUCGAUGCCUCGUCGAGCUCCCUGUCCAAGCGCGGCCUCACCCCCUUUGCCGCCCUGAGCCGCACGCUCGCCGCAGUCGAGCGCAAGGGCAUCAAGUACACGGUCCGCCAGCGCUUCGAGUCGCUCCCGGACGUCUUCCACGGUGCGAGCAUCCAGGUGCCCGACGGCGUCUCGCUCGACGAGCUCUCCAAGAUCGACGGCGUCAAGCGCGUCUGGCCCGUGCAGAAGAUCUACCUGCCGCGCGAGCCGGCCGUCGACGACUAUGUCUCGACCUCGUCCAUGGCGUCGCAGCGCCUCGCCAAGCGCACCUCGUCGUCGUUCGAGAAGCGCGCGACGACGUUCCCGCCGGCGUCGGCCUACGCCGGCGACACGUUCUACCCGCACGUCGAGACGGGCAUCGACGGCCUGCACAACUCGGGCAUCCUCGGCGCCGGCGUCAAGAUUGCCGUUCUUGACUCGGGCGUCGACUACACCAACCCGAUCCUCGGCGGCUGCUUCGGCCCCGGGUGCCACAUCUCGUUCGGCUACGACUUCUGCGGCGACAACUACAACGGCGACAACACGCCUGUGCCCGACGACGACCCUUUCACGACCUGUACUAGCCACGGCACGCACGUGACGGGCAUCAUCGGCGCGCUCGCCAACCAGUACGGGGUCUCGGGCGUCGCGCCUCAGGCCACGCUCGGCCACUACCGUAUCACGGGCUGCAACGAGAUCGCGAGCGACGACAUUAUGGUCGCCGCCAUGAUGCGCGCCCUGCAUGACGGCGUCGACGUCAUCAACGUCUCGCUCGGGAGCGUCGUCAGCUGGACCAACAACUCGCCGACCCAGAUCAUGGCCGAGUACCUCGCGAGUCAGGGCGUCGCAGUCGUCGCGUCGGCCGGCAACGACCGCACUGAGGGCCUCUUCUUUGCCGAGGGCCCGGCGGCUGGGCUGGCGACGACCGCCGUGGGCGCAACCGACCCGAUCUACUGGGUCGCCUACAACGCGACGCUGCGCAACCGCGGCACGGUGCCGUACAUGUCGCCGAUGCCGUUCAACAUCACGCGCACCUCGCUCCUGUACUUUACUUCGACCGACCCGAACGUCGCCAGCGAUGCGUGCACGGCCCUCCCGAGCUCGACGCCGAGCCUCGUGAACCGGGUCGUCGUCGUGCGCCGAGGCGGGUGCGACUUCGCCGUCAAGCUCAACAACCUGGCCAAGGCGGGCGCCAAGAUUGUCCUCAUCUACAACAGCCCCAACACGCUCACGUUGCCGCAGUUCAACGUCGGGACGACCGGGCUCGAGGCGGUCGGCGGCCUGCGCUACGAGGAUGGCGUGCGGCUCCUCGACCUGUUCAAGUCGACGCCGAGGGGCCAGCCGAUCACGUUCCCGUUCGGCCCUCUCGUCUCGGGCGUCGUCGACGGCGUCACCGGCGGCACUGCUUCGUACUACUCGUCGUACGGCCCGACCAACGACCUCAACCUGUACCCGUCCAUCACGGCGCCGGGCACCAACAUCCUGUCGACGGUCGUCGGCGGCCUCGGCAUCAUGCGCGGCACGAGCCAGUCUAGCCCUCUCGUCGCCGGCGCGUACGCCCUCAUCCUGUCGCAGCGCAAGAACGAGAACCUGUCGCCUCAGCAGCUCAAGAGCCUCUUCAUGACGACGUCGGCGCCCAUCCCGAACACGUACGGCAGCUCGACGCUCGACUCGGUCAUCUCGCAGGGCGCAGGUCGCAUCGACGUUGGUGCCGCCCUCGCCGCCAAGACGCUCAUCACCCCGGCCGUCCUCGAGCUCAACGACACGGGCUUCCCGAGCCGCACUCAGCGCCUCACGCUCUCGAACCGCAACUCGGACGCCGUCACUUACACGUUCAGCUCGACAAUCGCCCAGGGCAUGGCCACCUACGACAACGGCGUUCAGAGCGACGUGAUCCCUUCCACCUCGCCCGACGACAUCGACACGCCGCUGUUCAGGAUCAGCUACUCGGACAACUCGGUCACGGUCCCGGCGGGCGGCUCGGCGUCGGUCACGGUCGUCUUCACCGCCCUGCGCUACUCGAACCAGCAGACGGCCGAGUUCCCGAUCUACUCGGGCUUCAUCGACGUCCGCGGCACGAGCGCGUCGGCGCAAGUGCAGGCUUUCACCGUCCCCUUCUUCGGCCUCGCGUCGCGCAUGAUCGACAUGCCAGUUCUCGACACGACGGGCGCCGCUCUCGGCCCGAACCUGCCGUUCCUCGCCGUCGGCCAGGACAUCGCCACGGCGCCUAUCACCGUCUCUCGCUCGAACGCGCCCACCGUCUUCUUCCGCCUCGCCGCCGGCACUCGCCGCCUCCGAGUCGACCUCGUCGCCGGCGACAUUGACUUCCAGGGCACCAUCCCGUCGGUCACCAACCCGACAUCGCGCCUCGCCAAGCGCUCGAAGAACGACCUGCGCCCUCGUGCGACGCCGGCCCUGUUCAACGACGUGCCGACCGUCGGCAGCAUCUUUGCGCCCGACUACUACCCGCCUCGCGACUACCUCGUCAACGGGCCCUACCCCUACUCGGACUACGAGUACACGCUCGACGGCAAGUACACCAACAAGGACGGCACGCCGGGUACCGCGUCCGCCGGCGUCAGCUACCGCGUCCUCAUCCGUGCGCUCAAGAUCACGGCCGACCCGUCGCUCUCGUCGUCCUACGAGUCGUGGCUCAGCACGCCGUUCCAGUACUCGUCCUGAGCCUCUCGCCUCGCCUCCCAUCCUCCCCCUCCUUAUCAUGAGCAUCAGCCUUCCGUAUUUUGUUGGACCACGAGCGGCUCGCUGCAGUUUAGCGUCGUCCCUCCCCCGAUACCCCUCCUUCGACUUUCCCUCCCUCUCGCGCUCCCCUAUUCUUCCUCCCUCGCGCCGCAUCUUGAGCCGUAGCCUCUUUGCGUCCCUCUCGCGCAUGUGCAACUCGGUUCCUCGAGCGC